CACUAAAUUUUUAAUCCAAAACAAGAGAAAAAAAAAUGGAGAAGAAAUUCAUGGGAUUUUCUUGGUCGCUUGUUGGGGUUCUUAUGUUUAUCAUGAUUUUGAUAGCGAAAUCAAAAUCUGUGGAUGCAAUAACAUGCCAAGAAGCUUUAUUGUCACUGAUGCCUUGUCGGCCUUUCUUGACCGGCGGGGAAUCCACACCCGUUGCAACAUGUUGUUCCGCGGUGGCUAAUAUCAACGCCGCCGCUAGCACCACUGCAAUUCGCAAGGACUUGUGUCGUUGUCUCGAGGCAGCUAGUCGUAGUGAAGGUGUUGAUCCCGACAAAGCUAAACAGCUUCCUCAAUUGUGCGGUGUUACUGUCGCCAUUUCCUUUGAUCCUACCAUUAACUGCGACACGAUCAAGUAGGCAAUGGAAAUGUGGUGCUGUAUGUCACCAUGAAUAAAAGCAUGAAGAACAAGGAGAAUAAAUUAAUGUAGCUUUAGUUAUAUAGUUGAUGAAAUUAAUGAUGUUUUAGUUGAUUCUUGUAAUAUGUACUGAAGAAGAAAUUUAUGACUAAGAACUGUUUGCUCCUUCCAAUA